AUAAAACUUUAUAUCUAUGCACCCACAGAAAAAUUGUGCAUCUCAAUAAAGUAGAUUUGCGGAAUCAAUUCUCUAAACUAAGGACAAUCUUCUACUUCUUCACCUCUUUCUUUAUCUCUGUCUCUCACUUAGAAAAGCUAUGAAAGGACAGAACAAAAAAAACUCAACAUCUUCUUGUAACAUCCACCCAGUAGAGUUUAUCGAAGGUGUAUGUCCUCUCUGUCUUAACGAGAGGCUUCUGGUCCUGGCUUCUCUACAGAGACUACGUCCUCAGUCUCCUGUUUCCUACCAAACCAUCCAAGAACCCAAAACCGUUUUUUCUCCAAAGAAAUCUAUCAGACUCUCCUCGUUCCUUAGCUUCUUCGAACUCCGACAUCAUGAUCAGAAGUAUGAUCACCAAAAUACCUCUAUCAUCAGUCCAGAAGAUUCAUACAUUUCGAUCAACUUCGAAAACAACCGAGCAACUUCAUGGGAGAAAGGAAAAGAAAGUUAUCAAGUUGCACAUUGCAAGGCUUCACGGGAUCAUCAAUAUGAACAUGUCAUGCUCCACAGGAAGAAGAAGGAGAUUAUUCCUCAGCCUACACCACGUUCUCUACUGACGUGGAGGAAACGAAUUCGCCGGCUCUUGAGUGUUAUCAGUUUCAAGAGCAGGUCUAGAGCAUGCCAUUUGUCUGCCAAGGUUAAAGAUGAAGACGACUUGAGAAGAAGUUGGCUAAGGCCUUUGUCCCCCAACAAAAAACCCCCAAAUUAGUUACUUAAAAUUUACUAAACCUUUAUUUUUUGUCUUACAACUAUUUUCCUCUUUGUUUCUCUCUUACAAUAUUCUUUUGGCGUUUUGUAAUUUGGAAAUCUAUGGUUAAAACUAUCGUUAGAUCA